AUGAACUUCAUCGCUACAUGGCAGACACCAAUAAAACCUUUGUGCAAAAGAAUUUUUUGUUGUGGAAUCUUUGGAUUUACUGUUGUGGAGUCCAUAACUCAUUGCUUUUCAACAUUCAUCAAUUCUCAUAGAGGUCUUACAGUGAUCAAGCAAUGUGGAGUUGGGGAACGUGACGGUGGUAGAAAUCAAAAAGAGGAGUUCUAUAGCUUUAGUUCUGUAAAGAUAGGAUACUUGCCAACGAAGGGAUAUGAGAUUGAUCAUAGAGAUACUUUCCUUGUUGACAAGGUUUCCAUACUUACUGCAUGGCAAAUUCACGAAAAACAACUACAUAUAGUGGCUCGUCCUACCAAACCUUAUAAAGCCGUGACUGAACAGAAGAUAAAUCACGCCACAAGUGUUGAUCAUGCUAACAACCAAGCGUGGACUGAAUUGUGCACGGAAGUUGUAGCAAACUUUCAAAGAAUGGAGGAUGAAGCUGUCGUAAGCAAACUUAAAUUUUCAAGAAAUGGCGUCAAGACGGAAUACUAG